GGUAGUAUGAUUUUAAUGCUAGCUCAUGGUAUUGUUUCACCUGCUCUAUUCAUUAGUGUAGUAAUUCUUUAUGAUAGAUAUCAUACUCGAUUAUUAAAAUAUUAUAGAGGAAUGACUCAAUAUAUGCCAGUAUGGUCUGUAUUAUUUUUCUUAUUCACUUUAGGUAAUAUUGCAGUACCUCUAACAUCGAAUUUUGUAGGAGAAUUUAUGACUUUUGCUGGAGCUUUCCAACAAAAUCCUAUUCUAACUAUCUUUGGUGCUGUAGGUAUGAUUCUAAGUGCUGGAUAUGCAAUUUGGUUAUAUAACAGAGUUGCUUUUGGUUCUUACAGUGUUUAUUUAAAAUCAGCUGGAGAUAUUAAUAGAAGAGAAUUUAUGUUAUUAUUACCGUUCUUAGUAUUAAUGUUUGUAAUGGGGAUUUAUCCAAAUAUCUUCCUAGAGCCAAUGCAUUUAGCAGUAUCUAAUUUAUUAAUUUAA